AUGUCCGCCGACUCGGAGGGAAAGGCAACCUCCGCUUCACUUCACGAUGAAAAGGAGUCCUCUUCAGCUCUGCGCUCUCCACUGCUGCUCAACGCUGAUGGCACCGCUCUCACCGCCCCUUCUACGCCCUUCUUUCAUGUAGAUGAUGUUGGAGGUGGUGGUACAGGUGGUGAUCCGACAAUCAACCCACUGUCGCGGCCUUUCAGUCAGAGCAGCAGUCGAAGCAGCAGCAGUAGUUACCUUUCGAUGCACGCACAUCAACAACAGCAGCAGAGCGGUAAUUCGGCAAAGCAAGUGGUGGAGAAGAGUGCUGGUGGUGGUGGUGGUGGUAAGGCAACGGAAGACACUGAGAAAAAGCAGCAGCAGCACCAGCAGCAGCGAACCUUCACCCUUUCCUCUUCGUCCUCCUCAGCGUCCAUCUACUCGCACACCUCUUCGGUGGGCAAUUUGGUUUCGCAUCCGUCGGGGGUGAACGCCUCAGGCAGUGCAGCUACCCCCGUCAGCUACAAUCGCCCACGAUCUUCCUCUGACUGCGUGCCGACGGCCGUCUCCUCGGCUGGCAGACUUUCGCAGAAACCUGACGGCCAGGACAGCGGCAUUCUGGAGAACCACCCGAAUGGCAACUCAAAGACUAGUCUCUCAAAGGUGGACGAGUGUCCGGAGGACAAUAGCGCUAAUAAUAGCAACACCACCACCAACGGCAGCAGCACCUUCAACCGAAGUCCGCUGCCGCCCGUCCCAGCGCCUCGAAGUCGGAAGAUCAGCGCGCCCUGUCUGAAUGCGCCCACUCCACAGAGCUCAUCUGUGGUGAUGAUUGGGGAGACGUCCAACACCACUACUAGUCGGGAGACGANAGUCGGAAGAUCAGCGCGCCCUGUUUGA